CAGUCCAGGCAACCCCACUGAGCUAGUAGGAAGCAUCCAGCUACACUUUUAUAUGACUCUCUUUCUCGGCACUUUGUACUUUACUUUGCAGCGAAGACCGGAUCAGUGAUUUUUCUGCUUCUUUGGAAAUGACGGAUGUAUUUACUCCGGAUUGAAAAAGCGCCGUAUUUUGGAUUGUUCCAGAUACUCAAAGAAAAAAAAAUAGUCCCACUCUUCUAGGUUUUUUUUUUUUUCUCUUAGCGGAUCUUUUGCAGGAGUCGCUGUUAUAUAUUCCAAUGAUGGCCGAAAACAAGCAGCAGCCACCUGUUAUUUUUUGCAACGACUCGCCCAAAAGAGUUUUGGUGUCGGUCAUCAAGACCACGCCGAUCAAGCCGAGGAAGACAGAGUGUCUGAUGCCGACAAGUCCCGGUUUUAGUGACUUUAUGGUGUACCCGUGGAAGUGGGGGGAGAAUGCCCAUAAUGUAACCCUGAGCCCGGGGUCUGUGAACGGGGCUUCAUCCCCGACCGGGACCCAGACGGCCAGUGAAGCUGACAUGGCUCCCUCACCUGACCAGAUCAAGGAUAUUAACCGCCGUGGCCGUCCACGUGCAGACACUGUCCGGGAGCUGAUAAGUGAAGGAGAAACUUCGUCCAGCCGUAUCCGCUGCAACAUCUGCAACCGGGUGUUCCCCAGAGAGAAGUCUCUCCAAGCUCACAAGAGGACACACACAGGGGAGAGGCCCUAUCUGUGUGACUACCCAGACUGUGGAAAGGCAUUUGUCCAGAGUGGUCAGCUGAAGACACACCAGCGACUGCACACCGGGGAGAAACCCUUUGUCUGCUCAGAGAAAGGAUGUGGCAAUCGGUUCACGCAUGCCAACCGACACUGCCCCAAACACCCGUUCUCCCGGCUGAGGAGAGAGGAACCAAAGGAGGGCCUGGGGAAAGCCAAGUCGGUGGACAACAAGGCUGUGGCAGAGUGGCUGGCAAAGUACUGGCAAACCCGUGAGCAGCGUGCCCCUACCACCGCCAAGGGGAAACCCCAGAACAAGGCAGGAGUUGAGGACCAGGAGCAGCAGGAUCCCAUGGGAUUCCUCCAAUCGGAUGAAGAGAACGGAGAAGAGGAAGAGAUUGCAGAGGAAGAGAAGGGCAGCCCUGGAGGAGCCGCUAAGCGUCGUCUCCAGGAGCAACGGGAGCGUCUCCACGGCGCCCUGGCACUUAUCGAGCUGGCCAGCAAUCUGUCUGCCUGAACUCCCACCCCCUCCCCCCGGUCCUGGACCCCCCCAGCUCCCCACCCCCCACCCUCUCAAUAUAUCCAAACCCCAUUCCGCCUUCCUGCAAUACGUGCUGUAGGUAGAAAUUGCUCAUAAACGCAGAUCAAAGACUAGUUUAGUUGAUUCUUUUAAGCUGCAAAACCAGACUUCGAGGAGAAAGCUGAAUUGGCCUGAGAUCAGUGUUCAUGAACGUCACGUUUUCCCCUUCACAGCGCCAGGAGGGCACAAGCUAAAGCACCUUAUACAGCUUCCAUUUUAUCCUUUUUAGGCUGCUAUGAUUGUAGAUUUGAUUAUAUGAAGAAUGUCUCUCUUUCUUCUGCCUUCUAAAGGGAGCGAAAGAGUACCUUUUUGUGUUUUUGUUUUGUUUGCACUUUGCUGGUAACGAGUUUUUGUAAGUAUAUUGUGAGUAUAAGAGAGUGUGUGUGACUGAUGUAUAUAUGGAUAAAGCUCAGAUGAACAGAAUGAUACAGGGUGUGGUCAAACAUAGGAUAUAUCAGUUGCGUUACAACUGUGUCGAAUGGCCUCUCUUUGUCUUGCUCCUUUGUUUCAUCUCCAGCGUUGAAAACACAGUUUCGCUGCUACUGAUGAUGGUGAUAGAAGUGGCUUGAGAAAGUGUCCUGAAGUUUUACUGUCACCUGUCCAGCUCUCUCUCCUUGUAAGUCAUGAGGGAAGAGGGAUGAACAGAAACAAAGAAAGGAAGUAAGGAAUUUAGACUAUUCAGAUGUGGCUAUUGUUAUACAUUAAUGAGAGGUGGUCAUUGCAAGCCUAAUCCAGAGAUCUGGCCAGCCACCAGCUUUCACAAGAAUCCAAACUCUGACAGACUUACCACUUGACACACCUAUACACACACACUGCUGUACUGAGACACCACCAGACAGUUGGGGAACACACGCCCCUAGCCCUCUGUCCACUCUUCGCCCUUAAAGUAUAAUGCAGAUCUCUAAGAAUUGGAGGGGUGCUAGUAAAACUUUUGAUUUAUUAUUUAUUUUAUAUUUUUUUUUAGGAUCAGAUCAGAUUUCCAGUAUCUUAAAGCAUUUUCCUAACCGAUCUUAAAAGUUGCAUUUAGCAGUUGAUUUCGAACCAGGCAGUGACAGUUGUCUUUUAUAUUAAAAGGCAGCAGACUGGUUGUUACAUGGGCAAGGCAUUGUGGUGGUGUGUCUGUGUCAUCUCAUUUCAACGUUUUCAAUUUUAAGAUAUUUAUUUUACCACUUUUUUUAUUUUUGGUUGAUGCUGUUUGAAAGUACUAAGAUCGCUUGUAAAGGGAAACAUUUUGACUUGAGUAAAAAUCUGACAGUUUCAUAAACCUAAAACAUAAAAAUCCUUUCAGAAUAUCACACUUAAUUUCUUUUCAGCUAACAUCAUGUAUAUGCUACUUAUGUCCCUCUACUGUUUUUAGAAAUUUACCUCAGAGUAAACAUAUAACCUUAAGAGUAACAUUUUGCUUCAGCAAAAGCAUCCCGUGUUAGUCUUGCAUCCACGGAUUAAGCUUGCAAUGCAGAGACUUCUACGAUAACCAGGCAUGUCCAGGGAAGUGGCACUUACCUUUCAUGAACUGAUCUGUGUAGUGUUUGGUGGGUUUUUUUUGGUUUUGUUUUUUUUGUUUGUUUGUUCAGCAACACUACAUCUUUCAACACUGUACAACGCCUCUUGUAAUUGGCCACUUGUUUAGGGAAAUCUAGAUUUGAGGUUGUUUUAGGAAACUUGUGCACCAUGCAACAAUCUGACACUCUAGCUAUAUUGUUUGAAUCAGUGUGAUUAACAAAUUAAGGUGAAACUGGAAAGCAAUUUAAUUGUUGAUAAUCAAAACACCAAAUGAUUUAUGUACCCAAGUAUAGUAAAUUUUGAAGUGUUUCUAACCCUCAGUCUAUUAUGUUUGAGAAUAUUAUGGCAUAUAAUAUAUAUACAUCAUGUGUAUGUUAGAAUAUAGAGUGUGCACAAAAUCUACCAAGAGCUUUGAAGUUGACUUUCCAUUUCCCCUCUGUUAACAUUGUUCGUGUUUGCAACAUUCAUUGAGUGUUCCUGUUUGCUUGGUAGAAAUUGUAUUACACAUUUAAAUGGCAAAAGUUUCUCCGACAGGCUGUGCACACAGUUUGUAUUUGUUGGUCUUCAAUAAACGUUCACCGAUCAUGACCCGG